UGUAACGGCAACCAUUUUUGUUUGCCCACACACGGAUCUAUAAAAUAUAUUUUGCUCCAUAUUAAAACGUUAUUUUGCCGGUUAUCCAGUUAAAAAUAAUAUUGUUUAACAAAGUGUAAAUUAUAAAAAUAAUAAACUUUAAAUUAUUAUAAUUUAAUAAACUGUGAAUUAUCAUUCAAAAUGAGUACAGACAGUAUUGAAAAAUUAUACAAAAAUUUUGGCAUUUUAGCUGACGCCAAAGACAAACUUGCCGAGCAUGAAAAAGAAUACUUGGAGAUAUUAACAGCAGUUAAAGGUUCAGCAAAGGAAAAACGUUUGGCAUCUCAAUUUAUUGCAAGAUUUUUUAAACAUUUUCCAAAACUUGCUGAUAAAGCAAUUGAUGCACACUUGGAUCUUUGUGAAGAUGAAGACAUGGCUAUACGAAAACAAGCAAUUAAAGAUUUACCAGCACUUUGCAAGGACAAUAAAGAACAUACUGCUAGAAUUGCUGAUAUUUUAGCUCAAUUACUUCAAGCUCAAGAUCCAACAGAAUUAUCAGUUGUUCAUAACAGCAUCAUGUCAUUAAUGAAAAAUGAUCCAAAAGGAACAAUUAGUGGAUUUUUCAGUCAAAUAUUAAAUGGUGAUGAUGGUACAAGAGAUCGUUGUAUAAAAUUUUUAGCAACAAAGCUAAAAGCAAUUGGUCAUGAUGUCAUAACAAAAGAACCAGAAGAUUUAUUAAUAUCUGAAUGUAAAAAAGUAUUAAAUGAUGUUAAUGCUGAUGAAUUUCAUAGUAUAAUGGAAAUGCUUAGUUGGACAAAAUUAAGUUCAACAGUAUCUGGACAACAAGAACUCAUUGAUAUUACAAUUGAACAAGCUGAAUUAACAGUACCAUUUAAAUAUACAAAUAUUGAACAAUGGGUUAGACUUAUACAAUGUAUAAAACAUGCACUUCCACAUUAUAGUGCACAAAUUGAUUCAUCAAAAUAUGUAACAUAUAUAUGUAUACAAAUAUUACCACAUUUAUCAUUAAUUAAAUCACCAGAUGGACGUGAUGCACAACUUGAAACACUUAAAUUACUUGCUGAAAUAAUUGGUUUUUGUGGUAGCAUUGAAAAACCAGAAGAUAAAGUACAACAACUUUAUAAUUCACUUAUAACAUAUAUGCCAUUACCACCAGAUACUGAUAUAACAGAAUUACCAAAAUUACAAUUUAGUCAUGUUGAAUGUUUAAUGUAUGCAUUUCAUAAAUUAUGCAAACAAACACCAGAAUUUUUAUUAAAAGAUACUGAACAAUUGAAAGAAUUUCGUUUAAGAUUACAAUAUUUUGCACGUGGAAUACAAGGAUAUAUCAAAAAAUUACGUGAAGCUAUUAGUGGAAAAACUGAAGAUGAAUUAAAAACAGAUGAAAAUAAAUUAAAAGUUAUUGCAUUAAAAACAACAAAUAAUAUUAAUACACUUAUUAAAGAUUUGUUUCAUUCACCACCAAGUUUUAAGAGUAUUAUACAUUUGUCUUGGAAAACAUUGGCUGUUGAUAAAAAGAGUGAAAAAGUAACAGUUGGACAAAAACGUCAUACACCAAUAACAUUUGGUAAUGAAAAAUCACCAAUUAAACGUAACAAAGAGGACAACAACAAUAAAGGAGGAAAAAGAGAAAUUUAUACUCCACCAAGUGGAAAAUUCAGUUCAAGUAUUUCUUCAAAUUAUGGUAAUCGUGGAAGGUUCCGUGGAAAUAACAGAGGUGGAAGUCGUGGUGGAUUUAGACCAAGAGGAGGAAGAGGACAAUGGCGAAAAAAUAAUUCGUAUUAAUUAUUUUUUAAUUAUUUUUCGUUUUUAAAAAAAUAAUUAAUUUAAAAAAAAAAAAUAUAUGUAUAAUGCAGAUAUACAAAAAAAAAAACAAUAAUAAUCAACAAUCAACUAUGGUGUUACAUCAACAGAAUGAAGAAAAGAUUAUUCAGUGGAAAAAUUUAUCAUCAAUGAAAAAAAAAAUAAUAAAAUUUGUUAUUAUUUUUUUUUUUCUUUAAAUGACAUUAAUCGCGAGUGAUGUUUUGUGUUUAUUAUAUUUUUUUUUUCGUUUUAAAAAAUAUGUGAAAGAUAAAAAUUGUCCAAUUAGAUAAAUAAUUAUCGUGAAGUACUUUUAAAAUCAAAAUCAACUAUUUAAUACUGUUAAUAGCCAAGACAAGUGACUACAAAAAAACUUGAAGAAAAAAGAAAAAAAAAAAAAAAAGGUGCAAAUUUGAAAAUACUCGAGUAGAAAACUUCAAAAAGAAAAAAUUGAAAAUAAUUUCAAUAAGAAAAAACAAAUGCUGGCAGACGUCAUCCUGUAAAUUCCUUAUGUCAUUUUCCAUUUUUUUUUUUUUUGAAUUUCCAUUUGAUCCAAGUAUCUUUUUCCCUUCUAUCUUUGCUUUUUUUUUUCUGUCAACAGGAUUUUUGCUGCUUGGAAAAUCUGACUGGCUGACUCAAAUAAAAUUUGUCAUUGUAUAAAAAUAUGUUUAUAAAAUCAAAGAAACAUAAUGUCAUUUAAAUUAUUUAUUUAAAAAAAAAUAAAGUCAUAUAAAUAAACAUAAUUAACAUUUUUUUAUUGUUUUUUUUUUUUAAAUUCACAAAUUAUCAAUUUUUCACUAAUUAAAUUAAUAAAAUUAAUAUAACUUUUUCAAAUUGAUAUAAAAUGUUUCUUUGAUUUUUCAAUAAAUUAAAUUUUCAUUUUUCAGAUUGCCUAGAUGUCUUGGUUGGAUUGCGGAUGAAUAACAUAAUUUAUUGUUACAGAUGCUGAAUCAAGGAUCAAAUUAAUCAUCAAUAAUAUUUUUAAUCAUCAAACCUUGAUUAUUUAAUUUAUAUAAUUUUUUCAGUCUUGGACAACAUCAAGG